GAGGGCGAUGAGCAUCAGCGGCGAAGGCAAGGCACAGCUGAGAUGAGGAGAGGGUGGGGGUGCGAUUCUGGAAGAUUCUGCAGGAAUCUCACGAGUGGACCCCAUUUCACUUUAGUGGGGAUCGUUUCUCUGAGCUAGAGCCAAUGACUGGAACAGACUGAUUCCCACUGAUCUCCACUAAGAUGUCAAAGAGACCGUCACAUGCCCCUCCCCCUCCCCCUGCCCCUUCAACUCAAAUGCCCAACACUGCCGGGUUUGUGGGGUACAACCCAUACAGCCAUCUGGCCUACAACAACUACAGACUGGGAGGGAGCCAAAGCAGCAACAGUCGGGUAACGAAUUCUUCUGGAAUAAAUAUCCCAAAACCACCAAAGCCACCUGAUAAGCCAUUGAUGCCAUAUAUGAGAUAUAGUCGUAAGGUUUGGGAUCAAGUAAAAGCCUCCAAUCCUGAUCUGAAGCUAUGGGAAAUUGGGAAGAUAAUCGGUGGCAUGUGGAGGGACCUCACUGAUGAGGAGAAACAGGAUUAUUUGAAUGACUACGAAGCAGAGAAGAUUGAGUAUAAUGAAAGCAUGAAGGCCUAUCACAACUCGCCAGCGUACCUGGCCUAUGUCAAUGCAAAGAGCCGUGCUGAGGCAGCUCUGGAAGAGGAGAGCCGUCAGAGGCAGUCCAGACUGGACAAGGGCGAACCUUACAUGAGUAUUCAACCAGCAGACGAUCCAGAUGAUUACGAUGACGGAUUUUCCAUAAAGCACUCAGCUGCAGCUCGUUUCCAACGCAACCAUCGUCUGAUCAGCGAGAUUCUCAGUGAGAGUGUAGUCCCAGAUGUGCGAUCAGUUGUUACUACGGCUCGCAUGCAGGUCCUUAAACGCCAGGUCCAGUCUUUGAUGGUACACCAGAGAAAGCUGGAGGCCGAGUUGCUUCAGAUUGAAGACCGCCACCAGGACAAGAAAAGAAAAUUCAUCGAAGCCACAGAGUCAUUCACAAAUGAGCUCAAAAGGCUGUGCUGUAUGAAGGUGGAAGUGGACAUGGAGAAGAUUUCUGCAGAGAUUUCUGCAGCAGAGGAGGCAGCUCGUAAACGGAUGGCAGAACGUGAUAGGGAUGCAGGGGACCGCGGUGCGAGAGAGGCCCCCACCUGUGUCUUAGCAGAAGAAGAAAAACACAUUUGUGCAACACAUGGCAACAAGCCCCAGCAAAAUCCUCCCAUUGAAAGUAGCAGCAAGGAAGGUGAGGACACGGAGUCCAACCCCACAGACGCACCAGUGAAGCCGAAGGCCUCAGAGGAGCUUGAGGCUCAUCCAGGCAGCGAGGAAGGGGCGUCAGAGGACAAGGAGAGCGUCCCAGAGGGAGCCAUUGAGGAAGGAACCAGUGACAGUAACACUGGCUCAGAGACCACCUCUGCUCAGACAGAAGAUGCCCCGACCAGUGAGCCAUCAGAGGGGCCCAGCAAGGCGAGAGCAGCCCACUGAGUCCAACACAUACCUGACUGUAAACUGUACGGCUGUUAGGUCUGUUGGCCUAUGAUCACCUGAUAAUAUAUAUUGCACAGUAUCAUCUCAGUUUAUCAGUGUUCAGAUGGGCUCAGUGUUUAACAAGCCUGAUGCAAAUAUGAUGUUUUAGUUCAGUCUGAAAACACCAAGGCUCACAGACAUGGGCUGAAUCGAAAUAAAUAAAACAUUUAGAGCACUUGAAGCCCACAAAUCAGUGGUCCUGUCUAAAAAAUGGCGGCAGAGUGUAUCACAAUGGUCCAUGUGAAAGCACUAUACAGUGACAGGCCUCAUUGCCAUUUGAAAGAACCCAGACAAGCCCUCUUCAGCACAUAUUGAUACAUAUCUCUAGCACUAUGUCUGGCAUGUCCCAGAUCGUCGCAAAUUAAGGCUGGCUAUAUGAAAAAAAAGCUGUCACGUGACAAACAUUGUUCAGUGUUAUAUUAAACCUUGUCUUUUGUAUUGUAGUGUCAUUGUUGCUUUUACUGUUAUUUCUGCAUGUUGCAAUUUUUAAAAAGUGGAACUGAUAUUUGUUUACUAUCAGUAUUACAGUGACAGUAUUGUCUCAGGAGUUUGUCGUCCUUAGUAGUAGUUAUUUUUGUUAUUUAUUAUCAGCAAUUUUAUUAUACUUGUGUAUUGGUUUUCCUGGGCUCAGCUGAGUCAAUCCAUGAGUAGCCUAUAUCACAUGAUCAUCAGUGCUGUACAAUGCUCAACUACCAGUGUUCUCAAGUUUGCUUGCUGUCAAUCAAAUCAAAAGCAGUACGCUUAGAACAUUUCUGUGUUGUUGUCAAUAUUGCAAUUUUCAGCAGAAGACUUAAAUGUACCGUAAUUGUGUACACAGUGUAACGAGGUUUGAUAAAACAUGUAUUUUCAUGUUGUCGUAAAACAGCUUGAGGAGCAGUCAUAAACAUGCAGUCUUAAAAUGAAUUUCCUUUUGCAUAUUUAUACCAAUAAACUUUUUUACCCUGAA